CUGGAGCAGACACGGCGGCGAAGAUUCUAGUGCGGGUCUCAUUCAGGAAAGGAUACAUGUGAGCUGGGAUGGCAAAAUAAACCUUCACGGAGCUGAAGCUUAAGUUGGGCUUGGAGGGGUGGGACGCAUGAUAAACUAAGGUUUGGGGAGCCAAUUUCACGCAGUGCCAGAAAUUUGGAGAAAUCUAAGCCCCUAGUGGAAGGCUGCCAAUGUGAGGUGACCUUGAGUGAAUGCGUGUAGGCGGAAAAAGGUUCCGGGGAAUGCUAUAGCACGGUUCUUCCGCCGAGCGGCCAACAGAGCUGGAGACAAUACCUGCGUUUGGUUUUUCUCCAGCUGAGGGACACCGGUAGGGGGUGAAGGACAAGAACGAGCAGGGGGUAGGGCCAAGACGAGUGGGUGGGACCGCGCGGACCCUCCCGCAGCCGACUGGAAGCCCGGCGCAGGGGCGGAGUUUCCGGCGGCAGCACCACUUGGGCGUCGGGUGACGCUAGGCGGACGGACCAUCACGUGAUACGGAAGUGGCCCCGAACAGGAAGAGGACGAAAAAAAUAACCGUCCGCGACGCCGAGACGAACCGGACCCGCAGCCACCAUGAACAGCAAAGGUCAAUAUCCAACACAGCCAACCUACCCUGUGCAGCCUCCUGGGAAUCCAGUAUAUCCUCAGACCUUGCAUCUUCCUCAGGCUCCACCCUAUACUGAUGCUCCACCUGCCUACUCAGAGCUCUAUCGUCCGAGCUUUGUGCACCCAGGGGCUGCCACGGUCCCCACCAUGUCGGCCGCAUUUCCUGGAGCCUCUCUGUAUCUUCCCAUGGCCCAGUCUGUGGCUGUUGGGCCUUUAGGUUCCACAAUCCCCAUGGCUUAUUAUCCAGUCGGUCCCAUCUAUCCACCUGGCUCUACAGUGCUGGUGGAAGGAGGGUAUGAUGCAGGUGCCAGAUUCGGAGCUGGGGCUACUGCUGGCAACAUUCCUCCUCCACCUCCUGGAUGCCCUCCCAAUGCUGCUCAGCUUGCAGUCAUGCAGGGAGCCAACGUCCUCGUAACUCAGCGGAAGGGGAACUUCUUCAUGGGUGGUUCAGAUGGUGGCUACACCAUCUGGUGAGGAACCAAGGCCACCUUUGUGCCGGGAAAGACAUCAUAUACCUUCAGCACUUCUCACAAUGUAACUGCUUUAGUCAUAUUAACCUCAAGUUGCAGUUUAGACACAUGUUGUUGGGGUGUCUUUCUGGUGCCCAAACUUUCAGGCACUUUUCAAAUUUAAUAAGGAACCAUGUAAUGGUAGCAGUACCUCCCUAAAGCAUUUUGAGGUAGGGAAGGUAUCCAUUCAUAAAAUGAAUGUGGGUGAAGCCACCCUAAGGAUCUUCCUUUAAUUUCUCUGGAGUAAUACUAUACCAUACUGGUCUUUGCUUUUAGUAAUAAAACAUCAAAUUAGGUUUGGAGGGAACUUUGAUCUUCCUAAGAAUUAAAGUUGCCAAAUUAUUCUGAUUGGUCUUUAAUCUCCUUUAAGUCUUUGAUUUAUAUUACUUGUUAUUAAAUGGAACGCAUUAGUUGUUUGCCUUUUCCUUUCCAUCCCUUGCCCCACCCAUCCCAUCUCCAACCUUAGUCUUCCAUUUCCUCCCGCCAGUCUCCAUUGAAUCAAUGGUGCAGGACAGAAAGCCAGUCAGACUAGUUUCCUUCUUUCCUUGCACUUCUCCCCACUUGUCAUCUUUUAACUAGUCUUUCACAAGGAUCCUCUGAAACCCCCUCUGUGCCUCAAGCACAGAUCCCAUUACUUCUGCUUUCAGAUCUCCUCAGGCAAAAGUGGAGGGUGCCUUUUGGGCCCUCCUCAUAGGUUGUCUCUGCAUAUACGAACCUAACCCAAAUUUGUUUUGGUGCCAGAAAAACUGAGCUAUAUUUGAACAAAGUUAUCGUGCAAACUGUACUGUGAACAACAGUUGGUUUAAAAUACGAGGGGCAAGGAGGAGGAUGCAUUUCAAAAGCCUGAUGUGUUUAGAGCCAAAUUAAGAGGAAUUUUCAGAUCAAAAAUUGGUUACCAUUUUUUGUCAGUGUCUGAUGCAGCCACUCAUUCGGCUCCCCAAAAUUCCUAGACUGGGUUAAUAGGGUUAUAUUGUGAAUGCCUGACUACAAAAUGACUUGAGUCCAGUGAAAUCUCAUUAGGGUUAAGAAUAUUUCAGGGAUCCUUUAAUGUUUUGAUUUUUGUUUUCUGAAAUUGGAUUUUAUUUUAUUUUAUCUUAUAAUUUCAGUUCAUCUAAAUUGUGUGUUCUGUACAUGUGAUGUUUGACUGUACCAUUGACUGUUAUGGAAGUUCAGCGUUGUAUGUCUCUCUCUACACUGUGGUGCACUUAACUUGUGGAAUUUUUAUACUAAAAAUGUAGAAUAAAGACUAUUUUGAAGAUUUGAAUAAAGUGAUGAAGUUGCAUUACACCUCA